AUGUCUCCCGAGGGACAGUCAAAAUCCUACGCUCGGUAUGCCAAUUUGGUUCAAUCUUCCGGUACAGGCAAAUCCCGCAUGAACGACGAACUCGCAAAGAAAAUACUCUAUAUUCCUAUCAACCUCAGUGUGAUCGGUCGAGGAUUCCCUCCUCAGGAUCUAGAUGUUCGCAUAUGGCUCACAACUGAGACAAAAACAAGAGAUGAGUGUGCACAACGAUGCCAGGCAUUUCUCUACGGCGCACUAAAGCAGACCAAAAUGCAUCUUGAAUUGUUUGGACCCGUACUAGGAGAGUCUGUCGGUGUUCAUGCUAGGCUGGCGCAUUUUGCAUCGAUCUUCAGGGAGAGGAUGUCCACAGGCAUGUCAUUUUCAAGACACGGCGAAUAUCACAGAGCAUUCUAUGACAAGGUGCUUGAGGAUGCUAAUGCGUUCUUGAGUGCUAUCUCUGUUCACAAGAAAAAAUCCUCGAGCCCACCCACUUCCCAACAUGAUGAUGCAACAGAAAGCGAAGGCGCUCCCAAAAUCCAUCGAUUCAUCCCAGAACCAAAGCUGGAGCCAUCACACCGAAUAUCCUUCUUGACUUUGGAGUACUUUCCUCCCAUCUUCGAAGUAGGCUUCGAUGCGCUCGCAAAGCCUGUACAUCCAGAUGGCAGUUGCACGAUUGACAAGUUGGCGAGCCUUGAUCAUAUAACUCAUCUUGGGCGCCCCUUGUUUGGAUCCCGCUAUGAUAAAGGAGAUCAAACGGUCAAGAGACAGAUCAUUCGCUUCGCUCAGGAGAAGCUUCUGGAUGGCCCGGUCCCCACCCGUGGAAUAGGACGGCUCAAGGCAGAGCAAGAGCUCGCGUGUCUGGCUGUCCGGCUUAACUUGAAGUUCAAGGUUACAACAUGGCGUGAGAUGGAAUGCGCUCAGGUUAAGCGCCAUAUGCGUCUCUGUCUCUAUGCAUCUCCCGGUUUUCAGAGCAUGGAGACGAUUAGCCCUUCUGAGCCGCUUUUGGCGGAGGCAGCCUACGGGAUCAUGAAAGACCUUCGCCUGAAUGUAGCCGAGACACUCUCGGAGCACUUGAAGUACUCAUCCCUGGAACCUGGAUUGCGUGGGGAGCUCGUCGCGGAACUACUCCUCCUGCUUGCCCGAGACAAGGCCUGUUCACAGAAUACACCAGGUCCAAGCCCUAUGUCAGAUGGGUCUCAACGUGUUUCCGACAAGCCGCUCGAGGAUGCGUUCAAUGACUGUUAUAUCUGGUUCAAUCACUUUGUCAAGGUUGAGGACCACGAUGUAAUCAACCAACAGUACCUCUGGCGACUCCUGUCGCGCGGUGCCGCUGUUGUCUGUGCCGUUAAUCAGGCUGGUGUCGACAUCGUCGUACCGUUUCUCCGUGGCAAGGCGCUCCUCGAAAAGAAAGUGUCUGCUAUCUUAAUCCAAGUUCAAAACGGCGUCCGGUUUGCUUCGAAGAUCCAACCCUCUAUCUUCGCAAGUAUGAAUCCAUUUUCUGUUGGUCUGUUUUCAAUCGAUGUCAAGAAUCCUCCUCCUGUGAUCCGUAUGGUCUUUGCUCUUGCAUCGCGAUCCUCUGCCAUCACUUGUCCACGAAGGCCCGAUGAUGACUCGGAGUUUGACGAGUUUACUUCAUAUGAUAUCUGGUGCGCUGGUGCUCUUUCCGAAACAUUUGGUGUCAUUGCCCAAGACCAAGAGAAAACCUUUGCGGAGCUCCUCGAUCUGUCGCGGAUUACCCGCAGAGCUUUUUUGAUGGAACCAACUUUAGACCCAGAAGUGGAGGCAUUGCGUGUAAGGGAGGAGGAUGGCGCCAGGAAUGUCUGGAGAGAAGGAGUACUUUGA